AUGUUUGCACAUCGAUUGAAUACAAAAGAAGACAAUUUUUCCAAUGGUAAUGACGAUUUAACUGAAUUGACCUGGUUAACAGAAACAGAUAUUCUACAUCGUCCUUCGUCGUCGAAACUACAACCGAUAUUAAGCACAAAUUUACCAAUAUAUUCUUUGCAGCAAUUAACCACUCAAACGAUACGAGUUUAUGACGAUAUUCUCUCCUCUGAUAGCGACGAAAUCGAUACGUAUUCAACAUCGUCAUUGAAUUCAUCAAGUGAACGUGUUAUGAUAAAUGGUAAUGACUAUCUUUCUAAAUCUUCAUCAAUCACUGGUUUACCGUCUCCAAAUUCCGGCUUAUGUUUUUGGAUAUUAUUCGCAAUAGAAGAGUCAAAGAAUCAUGCAUUAACACUAAAUGAAAUAUGCAAAUGGAUUGAGGACAAUAUUGAACAGCAAUCAACUAAUUUAUUUUCGACAACUUCAAUGGAUGAAAUAUUAAUAAAAAGUGCUCGAUUAAAAAGUAAAAUACGUUAUCAUAUGACAAAACAAAUAUCAUUUUUUUUCAAAAUAACAAAAGAUCCAUUCACAGGUAAUAAACUGCGAUGUCCAUUAUGGACAGUGGACACAACAAAACGUUUACUAUUAUUAGACAUGCUGAUAACAAUGAAUGAUAAACAAUUAUCGUUGAACAGUGAAAAGAUAAAAAAUAUUUAUAUGAGAUUAUCAAAUGAACGAAAACAUAUUUUAUUGAGACAUAAACAGACAAACAAUUCAACAGAACAAGAUCAACAUAUAUCAUCGACAAGUGAAUCAUCAAUAAAAAAAAUUAAAAAAUUCAGAAUAACUACAUUAAAACAAACACUUUCAACAGAUGAUAAAAAUUUGACAGAUGAAAAUAUCGUUCCUAAACGACGAAACGAACGCGUUUUUUCACAUUUAUCAGCAUCAAUAAACAUCAAACGAGAAAAUAUUUUUCAUUUACAAUCAGUAGAAGAGCAAACUCAUUUAUCACUGAAAGAAGAUUCAAACAAAAACUUAAAUACAGACGGUGACAUGGUCGAUGCUGCCAUGACCUUAUUGCAACUAAAAAUGGGAUCAUUUAAUCAAUAG